GCGCACGGUGUUGAUCUGCGCGGUCGCCUCGUGAGUUGGCUGAUACGCAGAGCAGAAACAGAUUUGGAUCGAUCAAGCGCCCCCGCCUUUGACGUUUGCAGCCAGGAACUGAACCACCAGGAUGGCAUCAAGACUUGUCUACUGUUUCAUGCAGCAACUUCCGGGGAUAGCUGCAGGCGGCCUUCCAGAGUCCAAUUGGAUGUCUUUUCAAGGCCUGUUGCUUAGGAUAGAUUGCAGAGAUGCGAGUUGUCGUCCUCAAUCUGGCGCACUUGGCCAUGUCCGGGUGCUGUGAAGCUUCCCCGACCAAGUCGCUGCUUUGGCACCCACCUCAUCACACCGCCGUGGCCCGUUAAAACUGGAAAAGCGCUAUCGCUUGCUCGCCCCUUUGUGAGGAGGGGAAGAAAAAAAAAAAAAGCAAAGAUCUUUGCUAUCUAUUUAACAAGCUCCUCGUCCUGCCGCUCAUCAUCCCCGAACCUUCAGGUCAACAUUACGUCUGUAUCAAAGUGCUGAGCCCACCAAGCCCCUCCAAACAGACUUGCAUCCACACCAACGCUCACGCAAUCCGAAAUCAUGGCGAAGGACGGCUCCUCCAGCAGCUCUUCCCGCGGCUACAACGUCACCAGCAGCGGCACCAACAGCCAGGGCAACCACUACUGCUCCCGCGACUACGGCAACGGCUCCAACAGCUACCACUACUCCAACAGCAACGGUUCCUACUACUACUCCAACCCGAACGGGUCCACGUACUACAACAGCGGAAACGGGUACUCUCGCUACACGCCGGGCAAAUAGACGGCCUUGAUGCACGCGCGUGCGGCCAGGCUGUAUUCAUGCUCGGGCUCGAGGCGUCGGCGGGGACAUCUCUGGAUCGUCGAGAGGCGGAGAAGGCGAGGGAUUAGAAGGCAGGGGCUGAAAGUAGGUGAAACAGACGCGGCUGCUGAUUGCGCCAUCGCGCCAGUCCUAUAGCAAAUUCAACCGCUGCGUAUUCUGUCGCAAAGCGUCGCCCUGUGCCUCUCUCGACCGCCAGGCGGAUCUGAGCAGA